AUGGCAGAUAGGGAUACUAUGGUCCACAAGCGAGGUAGAAUUAAGGCGAAAAUUACUAGAAUUGAACAUUUUGUAACGGCAAAUGAUGACAAUUUAUUGAUUGACAGUAAUGAAUUUGUAAUUAGGGAAACUAUGUUAGUUAAGGCGUACGAAGAAUAUGAGAACAUUCAGGAUCAAUUAGAGGAAAUAGAUGGUAGCCAAGAGAGUGAUAGGGUUGAAGUAGAAUUACAAUAUACAUCUUUACAUAGCAAACUUAAAACUACAAUUUCUAAACGAUUAAAUUCAGAACAGCAAGGUGGUGGGGAGUCAAGUAAUGUCGCGGAUAAUUCAGGGCCUUCAGCAAGUUCCUCUUCUAAGGUCAAACUUCCGAAUAUCAAUAUACCAACUUUUUCCGGCAAAUACGAAGAGUAUAACUCUUUUAUAGAGUUAUUUGACUCUCUCAUUAAUUGUGAUAAGCACUUAAAUAAGGUUCAGAAGUUCAUAUAUCUUAAGUCAGUUUUAAAGGAUGAGCCACUAUUAGUGAUCAAGGACCUAAAAACUACCGAGUCAAAUUAUGAUGUUGCGCUAGAGAUUUUAAAGAAAAGGUAUGAUAAUAAAUUAGUUACAAUAAACUGCCACAUUCAAAAUUUACUGGAAGCACAACUUUUAAAGGGUGAUUCACCAUCUUUGAGGAAUUUUAUCACAAGACUUAAACAAAACUACAAUGCUCUUGCAGCUUUAGGGGUUCCCGUAGAGGCAUGGGACUUAAUUUUGGUGUAUAUAAUGGCAUCAAAAUUAGAUUUUGACACACACCGAGCUUAUAAGCUUGAGCGUGAUUCUACGGUAUUGCCAAGUUUUUCAACUUUUAUGGAUUUUUUGGACAAACGGUGUUCCGCUCUGGAAUCAUUAACUAAACCAGAGUACAAACAAAAAUCAUUCAAGGCUAGUUAUUUAUCAUUAACAGGGGCAACAGAAAAUGCAACACUCAAAUGCAUUUGUUGCAAUUUAGACAAGCAUGCUAUCCACAGGUGCAACAGAUUUCAAACAUUUGAUUUAGCUCAUAAAAGAGACUUCGUAACAAAGAAUCGGCUUUGCUACAAUUGUUUGGGAUAUAAACAUACGGCAAACAGCUGUAAAUCGGAUGGCUGUAGAAUUUGCAAGGGAAGGCAUCAUUCCUCGUUACAUGAGGAGAAACAACGAAAGGGGGAUGGAAGUAAUGGGGUGAAUCAAGGUCUAAAUAGGUUUAAUUGGCAGCAAAGAGACAACCAGGGUACUGAUGAUAGGUCACAAGGGAAUGGUAGAGAUUUACCACAGUCUACAUCGACGGUAAUGUUAUCUACUACAGCUGAAAAAAUGGUUCCAUGUUUAGUAUCCAAGGCGGAGACUCAGGUUGUAUUACCAACAGCUAUGGUCAAUUUGGUUUGCCAUGAUGGUUCCAGGAUACAGGGUAGAGCACUUUUGGAUUCGGCCUCUAUGUGUUCAGUUAUUACGUCUCAUAUGGCAGAAAAAUUAGGGUUGCCAAGGAAUUUGGCAAACAUUCACAUUGCUGGUUUUGCGAAAAGGGAUGUUAAGAUCACUAGUGUUGUAAGGGUUGAGAUUGAGUCCCAAUGUUAUUCCAGGGAAAGGGUUGCUACAGUGUGUGCUAUUAUGCCGAGAGAAAUUACUGGUCCAUUACCUCAGGCUUUCGUUGAUAUCGGUUCUUUAAACAUACCCAGCGGUUUGGAGUUGGCCGAUGCAAAAUUCGGUGUUCCACGGGAAAUAGACUUACUGUUGGGAGCGGAUAUUUACUUCAAUGUGCUUAUUGAGGGGAUUCUAAAAUUAGGUGACGGGUUUCCGGUUCUCCAAAAUACCUUGUUUGGUUGGGUUAUAGGGGGGAGUGGUCCAGGUAGAAUAAGCAUAUGGUCAAACGUGAUGGUCUCUUUAUUUUCGCAAGGUCCAGACUUAGAUUUAUUGAUCACACAAUUUUGGAGAUUAGAGGAGAUUUCAGGUAAAAGACACAUGUCCCCUCAGGAUAAGACGUGUGAAGAAAUUUAUUCCAAAACCACAAAAAGGUUAGGUUCAGGGAAAUUUGAAGUUAGGUUGCCUAUUCGGAAGAAUUAUAGGGCUUCAUUGUUGGGUGAAUCUCUUUCUAUGGCUACACAAAGGUUCUUGUCGUUAGAGAAACGGUUUCAGAGGGAUCCACAUUUAAAAAAGGAAUAUACGGCUUUUAUUGAAGAAUAUUUGGAACUAGGUCAUGCAAAGGAUAUUACUAAUGAUGCUAGGCUUUUAGAAAAACGUAGAUACUACUUUCCGCAUCAUUGCGUAAUUCGAGAGGAUAAGUCAACUACAAAAUAUCGGGUAGUAUUCGAUGGAUCGAUGAAAACAACUUCCGGUUUAAGUCUGAAUGACAUUUUGUUAAAGGGAAAUCCCGUUCAACCGGAUUUGUUUGACAUUAUUGUUAGAUUUCGAACUUUUAAAUAUGUUUUAACAAGUGAUAUUCAAAAAAUGUAUAGGUGUGUACAGGUUCAUCCGGAUGAUAGAGUUUUACAAAAUAUUAUUUGGAGGGAUGACCCAUCAGCACAAAUGCGUCAUCUCGAAUUACAAACAGUCACUUAUGGAAGCAGUUGCGGUCCGUUUCUAGCAACUCGCACAUUGGUAGAAUUAGCAAAUCAGGGUAAAGAGUCCUAUCCGUUGGCGGCGCAGGUUUUGCUACAACAGACGUACGUUGAUGAUAUAUUAGGAGGAGCUAAUACGUUAGAUGAAUUAAUUAAAUUACAAACUGAAUUAACCUCAUUAUUAGCGUCGGCAGGGUUUAAACUGCAUAAAUGGAAUUCUAAUAACGGGUCUUUGGUGUCUUUUCAAAAAGAAAUUACUUCUAAAGUUUUGGGCGUUUUAUGGGAUCCUGUGUCUGAUUCCUUUCAGGUAUCGGUACCGGAAUUAAUAAAAAAAGAUAGGUUUACUAAGCGCGAAGUUUUAGGCAUCAUAGGCCAGAUAUUCGAUCCUAUAGGAUUUGUAGGGGUUGUGACAAUUUCAGCCAAGGUAUUCAUGCAACGGUUGUGGGCACAAAAGCUUCAAUGGGAUGAUAUUUUACCACUUCAGUUAUUAACUGAAUGGCUAGGGUUUUAUAGGAAAUUGCCAAGGUUAAAGGAGCUGUGUAUAAAGCGAUGGACAUUGGAACCUGGAAAGGUAACAAGUAUACAACUUGUAGGGUUUUCCGAUGCAAGCAUGGUGGCGUAUGGAGCUUGUCUGUAUGUCAGGGUUUUGUACGACGAUAAUAGAAUUUCGUGUAAUCUUGUUUGCUCAAAAUCUAGGGUUUCGCCUCUCAAAACGGUCUCCUUGCCUAGGCUGGAGCUUUGCGGAUUACUAUUAUUGGCUCGUAUGAGUGAUAAAUUUAGGUCAUGUAUGAAAUUUAAAUGGGAUAAAGUUGUUUUAUACAGUGAUUCUAACAUUGUACUUGCGUGGACGCAGUCAUCGCCUUCACGUUGGACCACAUUUGUAGCCAACAGGGUAUCAGAAAUUCAGGACUUAACUUUGGAUGCGGAGAUUAGGCACAUCUCAUCGACUUUAAAUCCUGCAGACUAUAUAUCUCGCGGACUGGACCCCGAGAGUUUGUUGGAAUGUAAGACUUGGUUUCAGGGGCCUGAAUUCUUGUCGGAUCCAGAUUGUUUUUUAAAACCGGAACAGAUAACACUAGAAAUUUCUUCGGUACCUGAACAAAAACAGGUUUCGUUCAUUCAAACAACAACGGUUGACAUAGAAAUUUUGUCCAGGUUCUCUUCCUUUACUAGGAUGCAACGAUGCAUUGCUUAUAUGAUGAGAUUCGUAACAAACACACGGAAAGAUUCGUUAAAGGUUUAUGGCGCUCUUUCUACACAGGAAAUUAGCAGAUCUCGUAUUUGUAUUUUUAGGAUCGUUCAGAUGAAAUACUUCUCGGAAGAAAUAACAUGUUUAAAAGAGAAUAAGUCACUGCCAAAAAAUAGUGUACUUUUGUCUCUGAACCCUUUUCUGGAUACGAAUGGGUUGCUAAGAGUAGGAGGACGACUGGAAAAUGCUCCUUUGUCAUUUGAUGCUAAGCAUCCAGUUAUUCUUCCUUGUAAGGAUCAUGUUACCGACAUAAUGAUUGAAGGCGAACAUUUAAGGUUAGGCCAUGCUGGCCCAAGGGCAGUCCUUAACAGUCUACGACAACGGGUUUGGCCUAUAAGGUCUUUGCGACGAAUAAAGGCAAUUAUACUUAGGUGCGUGAAAUGUCACCGAUUUAGAGCAGUUGGCUCUAAGCAACUUAUGGGGAGUUUGCCUAUUGAGCGAACACAGUUGGUUCGUGCCUUUUUGCACACCGGUCUCGAUUUUGGAGGUCCUAUAAUGGUCAAGGAGUCACGGUUGCGUAAGGCACGUGUGAGUAAAUCUUACAUUGCACUCUUCGUGUGCAUGGCUACCAAAGCCAUACACAUUGAAUUAGUUAGUAGUCUGUCUACUAAUGAUUUUAUGCUAGCACUAAAGCGUUUUGUUUCUCGGCGGGGAAAUCCGAUUUCUAUCAGUAGUGACAAUGCGACAAAUUUCAAAGGGACAAAUAAUGCCUUGCAUGAGGUCUAUAAGUUCUUUAAAGAACACGCUUGCAAGAUUCAGGAUUUCGUAUCCACUAGUGAAAUUCAAUGGAAGUUUAUACCACCAAGUAGCCCCCACUGGGGUGGAUUGUGGGAAGCUGGCAUAAAAAGUACAAAAUUCCACCUAAAAAGGGUAAUUGGAAAUUCAGUAUUAUCAUUUGAAGUUUUAUGUACUGUAUUGACCCAAAUAGAAGCAAUUCUGAAUUCAAGGCCGCUACAGCCCAUGUCAGAUUCAAUUUCCGAUUUGACUUGUUUAACGCCGGGGCAUUUCCUAAUAGGCCAACCACUAUCUUCAUUUCCGGAAAGGGACGUAUCAGAAUUGCCACUUAAUCGUCUCAAUAUUUGGCAGCAAUGCUCCAAAUUGAGGCAAGAUUUUUGGAAAAUGUGGUCGAGAGAUUACCUAAAUUUAUUACAAAAUCGACCAAAAUGGAAAACUUCGGAGUCCAAUUUACUAGUUGGAGAUCUAGUGUUAGUGAGGGAGGAUCACUUACCUCCUCUUGAGUGGUGUCUAGCUAGAAUUUUAGAGGUGAUGCCUGGACGCGAUAAUAAGGUCCGGGUAGUCAAAUUAAAAACAGUUAAUGGUGAGUUUACGAGACCGGUGACGAAAUUAAGUCCACUGCCUCUGCAAUUACGCAGUUUUGUUGAGGACUCGUCCUCAAAGGGGGGAGAAUGUUAG